CUCGACGGUAUCAUCCAUUGGACGUCUAUGUUAGUUCGUGAUGAUCCUCAUUCUGUUAGUGAAAGUAUAUACCUUAAUAGUAUUUUUCCGACAUUUUAAAAACAUCUGUGUUUUGCUGUAAGUGUAAAAGUCGUCAGAGAAGUAAAUCAUAGUAGUUUUUAGGCAGCCAGCAUGUCACAUGGUGUUAAAAGGGACAGUGAAUCAUUUUCUGACGAAGAACGCAGUAGCAUCAAGAAAAAGAGAUACAGCAAGCACAAUGAAAAGAUAAGGAAUAAGGAUGCACAAAAGACGGAACACCUUGGAACAUCAGUUGGUCGCCACCAGUUGAGGAAAGAACUGAGAAACAUGAUGCUAGAAGGGAUCAUCGCAGACACAGGGAAAGUGCCAGGAACGUAAAUGAAUCAAGACACAACCUCAGAGAAGAGGUUAGUGAUUCAAAGAGCUUAAUCAAAUCACGAGAUAAAGAGAAAAGUACAAACAGUAGAGAAAACCGUCGUGGUGGAGAAAGGAGAAAUUCUCAGAAUGACCAACUGAGACGUAUUAAGCAAGAGUCUGCAGAUGACUUUACACGACAGAGACAACUAAAUGACCAGCGGCGUAUGGAGGCACGACAGCAGCAAGAUAGAGGAAGGGUGCAGUCUUCUUUUGGUGAUUCUGAUUCUGUGGAAAGUGUAGAGAAAGAACGACCAAAUUUUGAACUUUCAGGAAAACUGACAGAAGACACAAAUGUAUAUCGGGGUGUAGUAAUAAAAUAUAAUGAGCCUUCAGAAGCCCGAAAACCAAAACGGAGAUGGCGUUUGUACCCGUUCAAGGGGGAUACAGCUUUACCUAUGCUGCCAGUGCAUCGGCAAAGUGCUUAUUUACUUGGUCGGGAUAGACGUAUUGCAGACAUACCGAUAGAUCAUCCUUCGUGUUCCAAACAGCAUGCUGUUCUUCAAUACAGACUCACUGACUAUCAUCGGCCUGAUGGUUCUUUGGGACGAAAAGUUCGCCCUUAUGUCAUAGAUUUGGGUUCUGCAAAUGGAACAUUUAUAAAUAACAAGCAGAUUGACUCUCAACGUUAUGUUGAACUCAUGGAACGUGAUGUUAUCAAGUUUGGUUUCAGUAGUAGGGAAUAUGUGCUUUUGCAUGAAAAUGUUGAUACUUCAGAAGUAGCGCAUGAAGAUGAUUCUGGUAGCAACUGACAAAGAAAAAACUGUAUAUGUAUCAUGAAAGACUGUUUCACCCUCAUUCUCUCUGAUAGAAAAAGGGAGUAAUCACAUAGAAAUUACAAAUUUGAUAAUUCGUUUUCCACUGUUUGUGUGUUGGGGGGGUGGUGGUGGUUUUUUUUUUUUUUGUUUUUGGUUUAGAUGGCAAGGGAAAGGUGGGUUUUUAUAGGAAGUUUUCUUAUUUUCUUAAACUUGAUAAAUCAGUAGUUUACAAUAUUUCAACUAGAUUAUCACAAGAUGCUCCAUGGUUUUAAAGAACUAGUAAGGCUUUAGCGAUAUAGAGAAUUGUUUCACUGCAUGACUUUUUGGUUUUUUGUUCAGUUAUCUGAACUGUCUUCCCUUUAAAAAAAUUGUUUGCAUGGUAGGGCAUGGUAAUGAAACAAUGAUAACCAAAGGAAAGGCUACUGACAAAUAUGUUAUUCUUUUUUUUUCUUUAUAGUCCCUUUGUCUCCAGGUACAGAAUGCAUUUUAAUUAUUUCUAUAGUGGUUUUUCACAAUUAUGUAAUUUGUAAAAUGCAUGUAGCAACAGUCAUCAUCCUUUGAAGACUAGGCUGUUAAAACCAAUGUUAAUAAUAAUUAUGCAUUGUUUUGCUGUUAUUCCCACAUGCAACAUGCAAGCAGUUGAUUUACAUAUGGGUAGGAAAAGAUUCUGAAAUACUGAUGCUUUGAAGGUUAGUCUAUGUGAAGACAAUGAAAUAAAUGCUAUUUAUUGUCACAUUAUAGAGAUUAUUAGCCACACAUUGAGUCUUAUAUAGAGUUGUAAAUAGUUUGUAUUUUUUGUUUCUUGAUAUUUUCUCUCAAAGACAAAUAAGAUUAGUUGAAGUUCAGUUCCCUUGAAACAUGAGUUGUUGCCCUUACAAACAUCAUAGUCUGACAGUAUGUAACAUGUUGCUUUGAAAUGUAAAAUGCAAAGUGUAUUUUGAUUUGGAGUUACAGGAAACAUCUCAUUGGACAAAUAAAUGCCAAAAACAAAAAAUAAACUUGCUUUGGGGCAGUGUACACUACCAAACAGUCUGUUACCUAGCAAUAGAUGGCAGCAUUCUUCUGCCGGAUUUGGUGAGGAUUGAACAAACUGUAAAUUUCCAUUACUUUCAACCUCUGCCAGCUACAAGAAAAACUCAUUGCCAUACUGUUACCUAGCUAGAAUGUAGAUGACGACAGUUUUCUUUAGGUUCUUUCCUCAAAAUAACAUGCUUACAGAUAAUAACAUGCACAGAAAAAGGUGAAA